UAUUUUUUAAACAGAACGCUUGGAAAGAUGCUAGUUCCAGGAUUUGAAAUCUCUGCACAUUACGUCCUCAUUUGCGGAUUAAGAUUUUGCGUCACGACACUGAGAAUAUUUGCACAGCCAGGGCUUACUGUUUGAUCGAUUCUUGCAGUUUUGAUGUUGAAGAAGUGUUUGUGGUACUGGUAUAUAUUUACCCUCAAGGUGUCAUUGGUUUUACUUGUAAUUGUUGUGUUUAUUGGAGAGUUUGGAUGUUUUCUAUGGGCUUUUUUUACUUGGAGGAUUCCUGACCAAUCCAGAGAUUCACUGAAUUUACUUCUCAUCUCUGACUCACAAAUCCCGGGAUACAAGGAAGAACCUGAAGGAAUUCAAGGAUGUAUAACACGUGUGGAUACAGACUGGUAUUUAUUCAAGGCUUUUUAUCUGGCCUUGGCAUCGUUUUCACCUGAUGCUGUUAUUCAUUUAGGUGACAUUUUAGAUGAAGGAUCAAUUGCUACAGAUGAGCAAUAUGAGGAGUAUAAGGCAAGACAUGAUAAGAUUUUCCACACCUUUGACAGAUCUGAAAGGAUCUAUGUUGCUGGGGACAAUGACAUUGGAGGUGAAUGGAGUGAUAUCCUCACAGAACAAAAAACAUUGAGAUUUCAACGACACUUUGGUCCCAUAAAUGAUGUGGUGAAACUGAAGUCUUUUCAAAUAAUUAAGAUCAAUUCAGCAAGUUUGUUAAGAAGAAAACCUUUUAGAGAGGAAAGAAAAAUCUACAAUAAAACUGUAGAUUUUAUCAAUAAUCUUUCUCCAAAACUGGACAAGGAGAAGAUUUCCAUUUUAGUUGGUCAUGUUCCUAUUGACGAAAUUAGUGUAAAACAUGAUGUUCCAUUGCGCAAGUUAAUUCGAACUAUGAAACCAACUUAUGCGUUCUCAGGUCAUCUUCAUGAGCCAGCCACUGUUCAACAUGAGUUCGGAAUAUUUACCUUUACAGAAUAUGUGGUGCCUACCUGCAGCUAUCGCAUGGGAACGAAAAUGAUGGGGGCAGCCGUGGCAGUUGUAGGUAAUGAUGGCUCCAUCGCAUAUUCCAUUCUUCCUCUCCCAAGUCGAUACUUAUUUCUUCAUGUGUACUUGGUGUCCUUGUGUGUCUCCCUGGCAAUAUCACUACCUGGGUUCAUGAUAUUUGUCAUACAAAUGUUGGAGAAAAGACUUGUGGGCACAAAACAUGACCUUGUAAUAAUGAAAUUAAAGGAUUUAUGACAUUCAAAGAACAAACCACAUCAGAAUCAUAGGGAUACCAAACACAAUUUUAGUGCAACCUUUAUAUUCUCUUGAUAAAGCAGUUGUUAUUUCUUAUUGUUCCCGAUCCGAACAGAGGAAUUUGAAAUAAAACGAAGUUGAAAUUAGA